GAAAAAAAGGCCUUUUUUUGAGGAAAAAACGUUUAAAUAUAGAAAUGGAAUAUUAUUGGUUAGGAAGGGGAGAAAUUGACUAUUAUAUAAGGAGAACAUCAGACGAAACAUUAAACGCAGUGUCAGGAGCAGUUUCAGGGAUUUUUUCUAGUGUUAUUGUUUGUCCAUUGGAUGUUAUUAAGACAAGACUUCAAUUAAGAUCAAGUAAUUAUGUUUUUGGAGAGAGAAUGAAGAUAUAUAAAGGAUUUUAUAAUACACUUUUAAGAAUCUGGUAUGAAGAAGGGAUUCGAGGGUUUUAUAGAGGUCUUGGACCUCUUAUGGCAGGAUAUUUUCCAACAUGGGGUAUUUAUUUUACAAUAUAUGAACGUUGUAAAGAUAUAUAUGGACGUUCUUAUAAUUCAGAAUCUAUAAAGAAGGGUUCUUUGAUUGUAAAUACCAAAUCGGCUAUUACAGCAGGUUCUGUUUCAUGUAUUUUAACAAAUCCUAUUUGGAUCGUUAAAACAAGAUUAAUGAGUCAGAAUUCAUAUUCGUAUAUAUAUUACCGAAAUACAUUUGAUGCUUUUAGGAAAAUGUAUACAAAUGAGGGUAUUUUUUCAUUUUAUAAAGGGUUAGUACCUUCAUUAAUUGGUGUAACGCAUGUUGCUAUUCAAUUUCCAUUAUAUGAGUUUCUUAAAGAUGUAUUUUCUAUUGAUAAUGUGGAAUUUGAAAACCCGUUAUGGUUUAGAGUUGUUUUGGCUUCAAUUGUUUCUAAAAUAGUUGCUGGUUCUAUUACAUAUCCUCAUGAGGUUAUUCGUACACGUAUUCAAACUCAGAUUUAUCAUAAAGAUCCUUCAAAGGUUCAAUAUCGGGGAGUGUUUCAUACCUUUUAUCGAAUAUAUUAUGAAGAGGGUUGGAAAAGUUUUUAUUCUGGCAUGGGCACUAAUUUUAUUCGAACUGUACCUGUAUCUAUGGUUAUGCUUUUGACAUUUGAAAUACUAAAUAAGUGGUUAUUUCAAAUUAAACGCCGUCAUCAUGAAUGCAUUAAUUAGUAUUUGUUUUGUAUUAUAAAAUUGGUUUUUUAUGAAAC